AUGGUCCGAAUGGAGGUCAAACUAGCAUUCCCCCAGGACAGACCGCCACUUUCCAUCAUUUCGGCUGCUAAGAUUGCAGGUGUUUCCGUAAUCAUUGAUCCGACCCUUGCCUCAGGUUCAGUGCCCACACUACACUUCAGUUCUGGGGAUUUUAUACAUGGUGUGAACACAAUUCUCCGGUACAUUGCACGUGCUGCAUCUGUUUCCAGCUUCUAUGGCCAGGACGAUAUUCAGGCAGCACAAGUUGACCAAUGGCUCGAGUACGCACCACUCAUUCUCUCAGGCUCUGAAUUUGAAGCCGCUUGCUCAUUUCUUGAUGGAUACUUGGCAACUCGAACCUUUUUGGUUGGUUAUGGCCUAUCAAUUGCUGACAUUGUCGUGUGGUCAAAUCUCACAGGAACUGGUCAACGAUGGGAAAGUCUAAGGAGGUCAAAGAAAUAUCAAAGCCUUGUACGCUGGUUUAACAGUGUAGCUGCAGACUAUGGAGAUGCACUGGAUGAAGUUACAUCUGCUUAUGUUGGCAAGCGAGGAAUUGGCAAAUCUCCUGCGCCAAGUUUGAAAGAAAAGGUGCUUGGUUUGAAGGAGAACACGUCAGGUCAUGAAAUAGAUCUCCCAGGUGCAAAAGUUGGGGAGGUUUGUGUUCGUUUUGCCCCAGAGCCUAGCGGGUAUCUCCACAUUGGUCAUGCAAAGGCUGCACUGUUGAACAAGUAUUUUGCAGAGAGAUAUAAAGGGCGUCUAAUAGUUCGAUUUGAUGACACAAAUCCUUCUAAGGAAAGCAAUGAAUUUGUGGAGAAUGUCCUGAAAGAUAUUGAGACGCUUGGGGUUAAAUACGAUGUAGUUACAUACACAUCGGAUUAUUUCCCAAAGCUAAUGGAAAUGGCUGAAAGUUUGAUUAAGCAGGGAAAGGCAUAUAUUGAUGAUACACCCAAGGAGCAAAUGAGGAGUGAAAGGAUGGAUGGUGUGGAAUCUAAAUGUAGGAACAGUACUGUUGAGGAGAACUUGUCCUUGUGGAAAGAGAUGGUUAAUGGCACCACAAGGGGUACUCAGUGCUGUGUACGUGGUAAACUUGACAUGCAGGACCCGAACAAAUCACUUCGAGAUCCUGUGUACUACCGUUGCAACCCUGAUCCCCAUCAUCGCGUGGGCUCAAAAUACAAGGUCUAUCCAACAUAUGACUUUGCUUGUCCAUUUGUUGAUGCACUGGAAGGAGUCACUCAUGCUCUUCGUUCAAGUGAAUACCAUGAUCGGAAUGCACAGUACUAUCGUAUCCUUCAAGACAUGGGCCUGCGGAGGGUAGAGAUCUAUGAGUUCAGCAGGCUGAAUAUGGUUUAUACCGUUCUUAGCAAGCGCAAGCUUCUGUGGUUCGUCCAAAACAAGAUGGUGGAGGACUGGACUGACGCACGCUUUCCCACUGUACAAGGCAUAGUACGUCGUGGUCUGAAGAUUGAAGCAUUGAUCCAAUUUAUACUGGAACAGGGUGCGUCAAAAAAUCUGAAUCUUAUGGAGUGGGAUAAACUCUGGACAAUCAACAAGAAGAUAGUUGAUCCAAUUUGUGGAAGGCAUACUGCUGUGCUGAAAGAAAAACGUGUGCUUCUCACACUUUCUAAUGGCCCAGAGGAACCAUUUGUUCGAAUCUUACCACGGCACAAGAAAUACGAGGGUGCUGGGAAGAAGGCUACAACGUUCGCCAACAGAAUUUGGCUAGAGUAUGCUGAUGCAUCAGUCAUUAGUGUGGGUGAGGAAGUCACUUUGAUGGACUGGGGAAAUGCUAUCAUUAGAGAAAUCAAGACAGAUAAUGGAACAAUCACUCAACUAGUUGGUGAACUCCAUCUUGAAGGCUCAGUGAAGAUGACAAAGCUGAAACUAACAUGGCUAUCAGACAUUGAAGACCUUGUGUCUCUCUCUUUGGUAGAUUUUGACUAUCUAAUUAAUAAAAAGAAGCUGGAAGAAGAUGAGGACUUCCUUGACAAUCUCAACCCUUGCACUCGCCGAGAAGCUUUAGCUCUUGGAGACCCAAACAUGCGGAACGUCAAGAAAGGAGAAGUUAUACAGCUCGAAAGGAAAGGGUACUACAGGUGUGAUGUUCCAUUUGUCCGGUCGUCCAAACCAAUUGUGCUUUUUGCCAUCCCAGAUGGCCGACAGAAGUCCACGUCGAUUGCUACUGGAGCGUAG